ACUUCGUUGGCUUUGGGUGUUAGAUAUGUGACACUGCUUCGUUUUUUCGUUUUGGUUUCAUAAUUAGUCUCCAACUUGGCACUGCUGCUACAGGAAUUAAUUUUGGAUUAGAAUCAUUUAGUCGAGUCCAUUAUUAUUUACUUAAAACAUGAAGAAAAGUCAAAUAACAUCAAAAUACAUAUCUGUACAUAUGUAAACGUUGUAUUGCUGAGGAAGAAGAAGGCGGCGAAAGAAUAGUUUAAACAAAAUGGAGGAUGAGACUGAGAAGUCGUGGCGCGACAUCCUGCAGCAGUUUUCGCAGGAUACGACUUUCCAUGGCAUUCGUUACGUCUGGGACAGAUCAUCCCUUUCGACGCUUCGAAGAAUUCUCUGGCUCCUCAUCUUCCUCGCUUCGACGGGUAUCUUUGUCAACCUGUUGGUGAAUAGUGUCAUCCACUAUAUGGAAUGGCCGGUCACAGUCAAGGUCGAUGUCAACUUGAACGAAUCGCUGCGAUUCCCUGCGAUUGCCAUCUGCAACCAGAACUCGUUCAGAAUUCGUGAAGCUUAUCGACUCGGCUACAAAGAUCAACUGAACACGUUCUACAGUUCGAGUAAGUCUGAUGACGUAACGGGGCCGAAUAUCACACAAUUCGAUGAACGAUUCCUCAAUCUUUCGAUGGAGGAUGUUUUCCUCUCUACUGCUCAUCAGGCUGAGGACAUGAUUGUGGGGUGUAACUGGCUCGGCCUGAAAUGCAGUGCGUCCAACUUUAGUCAUAUUUUCACGGAUCACGGUGUUUGCUAUUCUUUCAACAACUUCUAUCCAGCAUCUUCAGAGGAACCACUGCACACUUCCAAGUCAGGCACCAAGGCUUCGCUGAAGCUGGUCAUCAACGUUGAGACCUAUGAGGCUAUGGUGGGUCCGAACCAGGCCAGUGGGCUUUACCUACUGCUGGCUGACCACAGUGAAGUACCACUCUUCGCUGGAAAGGGUGACGGGGUACUUCCCGGGACGUAUACCUUUAUUUCAAUAAAGCUGAAAGUGAUCAAGCGACUGCCUCCACCUUACGGCAACUGUACCAACAGUGCCAAGCUUAAAUACUACCCAACAUAUUCAGAGACCGCUUGUUACAUGGAGUGUUUUACCAGGUUUUUCUUCGGGAAAACUGGGUGCAAGCUGCCCUACAUGAAAGGCGAUGGUCCGACUUGCACUAUGUUCGAAUAUGCCGUUCAUUACAAGAAAUUUAAGGCCGAAUUUGAUGAGCACAGCCGAUCCCUGUGUAACUGCAAGCCACCUUGCGACACAACGCAAUACAAUCCAUUCUUCUCUUUCCUGAAAGAAUCCGCAUUCGAUCGGGCGAAAAUCCUAGAUAAUUACUCCCGAAAAGACGAGCUGAACUUUAGAUAUAAAGAGGCACGUGAUAUCAGGCGAAUGACGACAAAGAUCGACGAGACACGAGACGUCUUGACGCCAUGUUUGAAAGCCAUGGACAUGCUGAGUGACUUUCUUCAACUUGAAUUUGAGCAAUUCCUACAUCAAAAGAGAAACGAGUUGCAAAUACUUAAGCUGGUAACCAACAAAAUCCUGUCGGAUAUCAAAGAGACAUACGAAUUUCAAGAGUUUAUAGUCAAGGAAAGGUUCCUUAAGUACGUUGAGGACAACAAUAAGCUUUUUUUCGAGGGUGUUGUUGGGCAGCCGGUGGCGUUCUUGACAAUGUUUCGCGAGAGUGUUGAGAGGCUUUCGGUCAUAACAAAAAAGAAUCAUGAUCGUCGGACGGUCAUUUUCGAUGCAGUAGAUUCCUCAAUCAGAAGUAAGGGGAACUCUCUUAACGGAACCUUAAUGGCUAUAACAGACAUUAUUGACAGUUACCGGAACGCCAAAGGUAGAUUGGAUACGCGCUACCCGGGAAAGGAUGAGUUCGCCCACAAUCUGAUCACGCCCAGGAGUCUUCUCCGGAAGGCGCUGGACGCCACAACAGCGUCUAAAUCUGCUUACAACAUUCAGUUGAUUUAUCAUAUGAUAUCUAAUAUGUGUAACGAGAUUUUAUUUUGUAAUAACCAGUUCUUGACCAUUCUUGGGCGCGUGACAAAAACGAGGCAAUAUAACAGAAAGGCCCUGUCCAUACUGGAAACAAGAUAUUUCAGGGCUGUUGAUAAUUUCAACGGGAACCGCAGCGUGAUGAUGUCAGAUAUUUUCCGGUUGCCCGAGCGGGAUCUAAAGGAGAAGGCUGAACAUCUUCAAUACAUGAAGGAAAGAGUAACAGAACGUAUAGACAACAUAGAAAAGAACAUUAACUCAUUGGAAGAGCAUGUAGCAACGGUCAGCCAAAAUGUACAGACCUUGAAACGGGUGCGGAACAUCACGAGACUCUACUUGGAUACGAUAGAAAAUCCUAUUGUAAACUUCAGUACACUGGCAAAUCUCCACACCUCUCCGGACACCAGGGAUAACCUUAACGAGGUGCUGUACUUCCUUGACUUGGUCAACACCCUGGCGACUUCAAUGGAAGCCCAAUGGAACUGGAUAGAGAAUGUCUUCUGGUCGGAUCUCCUCUUUAACAGGACUAUGACGGACCGUGACAUAUUUCUUUACAUGAAGCGUUACCACCCAGAUCUAGCAGACGAAGAAAGUUUUCUAAAGAGCUCACUCUAUCAGCAAGUUCAGAGUAAGAAGAGGGCCAAAGAAUGGGCGGACCUUAGACAGAACUUGACUCAAAAUGCCGACAUGUUUUUCGAGACCUGUCAAGCGGUUGCGGUUAUGAUGGGCAAACACAAGAGAGAUGACGAGAUUGGAAGGAAGUUCUUCACAGACAACUUUCUUUCGAUGGUCAUAUUCCUCCGCGAGAUGAACUACGAGUCCGUUGAGCAGCAGACAGCUUACACGAUUUUCAGCUUACUGAGUGACAUAGGAGGGUCUAUGGGACUUCUCGUAGGAGGCAGCGUCAUCAGCAUCUUUGAAAUCUUAGAUGUCUUCGUCUACAAUGCCGUUCAGAAAGCUGGCCAAGAGAAAAAGAAGAAACCCGAACCUGUGACAUACAUGGAUAGCCGCGCGGUAGACGAGACGGAAACAUCAGGGUCGGAAUGUUCCACGACAGAUCCAGAGGGGUGGUCCACUCUCUCAGGAGAAGGCGGUUACAAGACUUCUCUAGAUAUAGAUAGUCCAUAGCAAGGCUAUUUUGAUUAAUGGAGAGGUUGCAAACUCAACAACUCUGAGGACAACCUUGAGGCUGAAUAACAGUUGUCUCGUGACGACAGGUUCGACUUAUAAACAUCUACGUAGUAUGCAAAAGGAUUUUUGAGCUAUCUUGAUGGCGGGGAAAGACUUAUCGUUGGAACAGGUCUACGCCGUAUCAAACGAUUGGGAAAUGCUUGAAGAGGUUGAAAACCUUAUGAAAUGACUAAUCAAAAGUAGUUCAAUUUGGU